AUGGCGGCUGGAAUCUCACGGCCGCUUCUUUUACUUUUUGUAAUCGCAGGUUCUGUGGUAUCGAGCGGAGAGCUCGCCUGCCUGGAGGACGACUCCUUGGGCUUUACGGCCCUUGUUCAGACGGAUCAACAUCGAAGGCAUCGUGCGCUGCAAGCUGUCGGCACCAAGCGAAGCCGAGCGCUGCCGACUUCCGGGAACCCCACAGUUCCCGAUGUCAGGGCCUCCUUCGCGGCCAUGGGGCAAAAUGGUCAGGUGAUCCAGGUCAACAAGGGGAGUGUCUGGCCUUUGGACCACUACAAGAACUACAUGCCUCCCUAUGCUGAGCACAUCGAAUCGAUCCAGCGCUUCAAGGGCAACUACCUUGUCUUCUCAGGAGCGGAAAGCGACGCGGGCGACCUCUUCAUUGCUGUCUUGCAGGGCACUGGCUCGGGCUCUCUUGCCCAGCUGAGCGGGCAGGUUGUGAAACGGGUGAUCGUGGACUCGACCCUGACCCAUGCUGGCGGCCUUCAGAUCAGCGGGGAUUUGCUGGCAAUUGGGGCCGAAGCGCAGUGCUCACCCAUGCAGAGAGUGUUUGGAGGCUGCAGCAAAAGAUCGCAGGUGUUCUUCUUCGACGUGUCUGAUCCAAUGAACCCAGUCAAGCUACCUACUGUAAUUGACAGGCCGGGGAAGACUGCUGGGGCUGUCGGAAUUGGACGUCAGGACAACGGUAAGUGGCUAGUGAUGGUGGGUGAUGGUGACAACAACAAUAUCGAUAUCUACGUGGAGGGGGAUGAUGGAUCCUUCAACCUUAUAGCGUCUUGGAGCAAGUACGAGCUUCUGAAGGAUGCUGGGGUGUCUGGCGGCUACAAGUCCUACCAAAACAUGAACAUUCUCCUCCAAAGUGAUGGGCAGAUUUUCAUCGUUUGCACUGCUCUCUCUUCCAUGAUCAUGGGCUCUGACUACUUCGACCUCUUUACUGUGCAGCCUUCUGAGGGCAGGGCUACGAUCACCAUGGUAUCCUCCAAGAAGGUGUACAUUGCGCUGUCUGCUGCGCUUCAGCUCUUGAGACAGAGGAAAGUCCAGGAGCUGCUCUACAGCGAGGGCGGCCUCCUGACGCUGCACAUGAAGGAAAGCCAGGCAGCCGAGGCGGGCUCUCGAUUCCUGUCGCAGCUCGUGCCCGGCAGCGAGGCGAAGGUUUUCGAUGUGGCCGAUGAGGCCCUGGUCUCCCUCCGCUUCGUGGCACCAACAAAGGGCACCUCCCAGGUGCUCUCCGUGCUCCUGCCGUUGAUCUUCUUAUUUGUGUGGUAUCAGGUUGCAAAGUCACUGAUCACACGAGAGAACAAGUGGACACCGACAAGAAGUCGUCUGCCCCGAGAAAGAACGACCUUUGCGGACGUUGUGAGCCGCAGCAAGGUUGAGCUCAGUGAGAUCGUGGAAUACCUGAACCACCCUGCGAAGUUCCAGCAGGCCGGUGCGAAGAUGCCUCGUGGGGCCCUCCUUGUCGGCCCAAGCGGGACGGGGAAGACCCUGCUGGCACGAGCAGUUGCCGGUGAGGCCAACUGCAGCUUUCUCAGUGCCUCUGCCUCGGAGUUUGUCGAGGGACCCAGGGGCGUCUCCGGCGCGCCGAGAGCCGCGUGGUCGGCCGGUGGAGCCAUGGAUGCGAAGAAAGGGGGACGGGACCGCGUUUGGGAGGGUGGUCAUACUGUUAUUGAUCACUUCAGCCCUUUCUACAGCAAAUAUGCUGACACCACCGCAGCCAAUGACAGGAUUCGCGAGGCUGCCAUGCUGAUGUGCGUGACAGAAGGCCAGAUAGAGGACGGAGACCUAGAAGAGGCAACGACAGCAUCUGAAGGCUGCCUGGAAAUCUUCAGAGAAGAGGGUGACGAAAGAGGUACACGCGAUGCGCUCCGACUAGUUAUCCACGUUUACCGCGCCAAAGCGGACGAGGCCCGCAACAAAGGCGAACGAGCUGAUGCUCGCGAGCUGCUAGAGAAGGCCGAAGCCAUGGCGGAGGAGGAACUUUCGAACUACCGAGACGCCGGUGACGACCUUGGUCAGGGCUGCAUGUUGCUCUCGAUGGCGGAAGCCGCCUGUGCCUACCGGGGAAGCUCCAAGCGGGACGAGGCCAUAGCUUUGCUUCGCUUAGAUUGCGAGAUGGCAAAUUUUCCCUUCUGA